AUGAAUUUAUGUGGUCGUACUUUGGACCUUGAUGCUGCAUACAAACAGUUGCUCACUGCGAAGUCCUCGCUGUGGUGCUCAGUGCUUGCUGUUGAAAACAUGUGUAGAGCAAAGCAGUUGUUCAUUUCACACGUUCUGCCAUUUGGAGCGUCUGCAAGCGUCUAUGCCUUCAAUCGAUUAGCUCGUGCAUGCCAUACCAUAGGGGUUGGACUACUGGGACUGGUUUGGGGGAAUUACUAUGAUGACUUCCCUCAGGUGGACAUUGUAGCAUCCAAUGGUGACGCGCAGUGCACCGCAGAGCGUUUCUUCGAACUCAUUGGGUGGCGUGUGUCCAUGAAAGAAUCCAAGAGGCUUCCCAUAGCGAAACAGUUUGAUGCACUGGGUGUCACUUUUGAUUUUACCAGUUCACAAGAAGGUGUAGUACAGGUGAAAAACAAGACUUCAAGGGUUGAGCAACUAUGUGCGGAGCUUGAUGAAGUCGAGGCCACGAGAUUUCUGUCUGCUGCAAAGGCUUCGUCGCUCCGGGGAAAACUUCAAUUUGCAGAAACCCACACCUUUGGUAGAGUUCUUGCGGCCCACUUGAAGGAGUUCGGUUUGAGAGCCAAUGGCAAACUUUCUGGCACUGAUGUUUCGUCGGAGUUGUUGUGCGAAAUUGCCUGGAUUAAAGAUUUCCUUCGUUUCUCCCAGCCUCGUAAACUGCUUUCUGGAAUGUCGGAACGGAGGUUGUACAUUUUCACUGAUGCAGCGUUGGAGAACUAUGACAUGCAUGGCAGCCUGGGAAUGGUAGCAUACUUUGUAGAAGGGAACGUGUCCUCAAAACGUUUCUUCUUUUCGGACUCUGUACCAGAUGAUCUCAUGCGAACGACCUUGGCUUCCGAGAACAAAUCUCAAUGUUCCGCCUCCCUCACUCUCAUCAAACUGGUCUACAACAAGCAGUUCGACAACGCUUUGAGGGGCUUGGCCAGAGGAAACAAAGGGCCAGAGGACGCGACAGAGCAUGAGCAGAUCAAAGAGGAGUGGGACAAGGUGGUGGCUUGCCGUGAGAAUGAAAUUUUGGAAGCCACCGUGAAAGACAAAAUGGAGACAGAGAACCCUGAAGGAGAGGAGGCUGACAGCGCCAUCAGCCAGAUGCGCCGGCUUGCAACUGAGUUUGUCGAGAAAAGUCAGGAAUAUUGGAAUAGCCUGGCGAAUUCGACCGUGAGACGAUACAUUUCGCUUGUGGUCUUGCCCAGCAGCCAAGGUCAAAUCAUUCGGAUUUUACAGCAAAGAGCAUUGAAGGAAAUCAUCACCACCGAAGGGCAAAAAUCCUGCUUGUUUUGGUUUGACAUGGACCUCAUGGGCGAGACCCCAGGAUUGCAUGCGCAAGUGGGAUUGAGACGCUUUCCUGAAGUCAAGGGAGGCGGUGACUUCAAAAAAUUGCUGCAGUCUGUCAUGCUGGCCAGAGGGGCCCAGGUGAAGAGCGAUGCAGGCGAGGUCACAGUGCCAGGCACUGGAGAAAUCAUCGCGGUGCACACUGCCGAAAGAGGAUCGCUGCAGGCAGAAGUGCGGAAGGUCUUCCGCCUCCAGGCUGCCAGACACGAAGGCACUGACUGUGAAGAAAAAUGCAUCAACGUCAUCUUCAGCGAAGAGACGGCUCGUUCCAGGAAGAAACGCAUCCGUGGAAGCGAAGCUUACACCACGUUGACAAGUAUCCAGGCAUUUAGUGAUGGAACAACGGAAACGUCAUGGGGUGGGUCGACGCUCUCCCGGCGACUGCGCUAUGGGAGUCCACCCGGGAAGUCAAAGAUCUUGGGAAACCAAACCAUGAAGCUGAGCACGGCAGGUUUGACAAAGGAACAGAAUGCCAUUUUGCAGAACAAACAGCGCGUUGAGAGCGUGUUUUCUGCUGCACGCUUGCCAGCAAAGUUUCAUCAAGACCUUUUGCAUUCCUUUUCAGCGGCAGCUGUCAUCGAUCUCACGCCCGGCCAAGGGCACAUGUUGGAAGCGUGCCUGGAUUCACGCACGCCUGUGCUUGGGUUUGGCCUAACAGAGACCCAUUGCACCAUGUUGGAAGAAAGGCUGACGCGGUAUGUCCUUGAAAAGUUCAAGGAAAACGGUCACACCAUGUACCGCGAAGAUGCUGCCAAAGCACUUGGCGCAAAUGCAAGCACUGGCGCUGACCCCAAUGCCACAGAUGCUGAGGCGAAAGCCAAGGCCAAACCAAAGCCUGGGCCUAAGCGAAAGAAGAACAAGGACGGCAGCGAUGCAGAAGAAGAAGAAGAGGUUUCCGAGGAAUCGCAGCCGAAACCGCCCAAGAAGAAAAAGAACAAACAACACCAAAAAAAGGAAGAAUAA